CGGCCCCGCCGCCCGCAUACGGGGAGAUAAGGAGCGCCCAGCCUGGUUUUGCCCGGCCGAGGCCGGACGGGGAGGCGAGGGUGAUGGAGCCCCCGACGCCCUGGAGAGGGGGCUGACCGCGAAGGGAGGGUCCGCUUCCGCCAUGGGAGGGGGCCUGGGCAGAUAGGCGCCCCCAUCCCCCUCUGGGCCCGUGGAUGGUCCCCGUCCCGUCGGAAGGAAGUCCAAGUCUCCCGGAAGGCCGUGUUGGCGAGCUGGACGUGGCGGGUCCAAGACCCAUGAGGCCCGGAGGACAGCAUGGAGCCGCUGAAAAGCAUGUUCCGGAAGGCCCCGCUGGGGCCCUGGGGGCCCGGCUCACGGGGUGGCCGCCCCCCCGCCUAUGCCAACCCCGUCUGGACGGCGCUCUUCGACUACGAGGCGGCCAGCAGCGACGAGCUGACACUGCACAAGGGCGACCUGGUGGAGGUGCUGUCCUCGGACGCGGCCAUCUCUGGGGACGAGGGCUGGUGGGCCGGCAAGGUGAACGACCAGGUGGGCAUCUUCCCCUCCAACUACGUCUCGCCCAAGACGGCGGCCUUCCCGGGGCCUGGGGACCCGCCCGAGGCCGACUUCCGCGACCUGACGCUGGAGGAAGUGAUCGGGGUGGGGGGCUUCGGCAAGGUGUACCGGGGCAGCUGGCGGGGGCAGCUGGUGGCGGUCAAGGCCGCGCGGCAAGACCCCGAUGAAGACAUCAGCACCACGGCCGAGCGGGUGCGGCAGGAGGCCCGGCUCUUCGCCAUGCUGCGGCACCCCAACAUCAUCGCCCUCAAGGCCGUCUGCCUCCGGGAGCCCAACCUCUGCCUGGUGAUGGAGUACGCAGCCGGGGGGCCGCUGAGCCGGAUGCUGGCCGGGCGCCGGAUCCUGCCUCACAUCCUGAUCAACUGGGCCGUGCAGAUUGCUCAGGGGAUGCAGUACCUGCACUGUGGCGCGAUCGUGCCGGUGAUUCACCGCGACCUGAAAUCCAACAACAUCCUGCUUGCCGAAUACGUGGACGGGGACGUGAGUGGGAAGACGCUGAAGAUCACCGAUUUCGGGCUGGCCCGCGAGUGGCACAAGACAACCAAAAUGAGCACAGCCGGCACCUACGCCUGGAUGGCCCCCGAGGUCAUCAAAAACUCCACUUUUUCCCGGGGCAGCGACGUCUGGAGCUACGGGGUCCUGCUCUGGGAACUUCUCACUGGCGAAGUCCCGUACCGAGGGAUUGACGGCCUCGCGGUGGCCUACGGCGUCGCUGUGAACAAGCUGACCCUUCCGAUCCCAUCAACCUGCCCAGAACCCUUCGCACGCCUCAUGGCAGAGUGCUGGGAACAAGACCCCCACCGGCGCCCCAGCUUUGCAUCCAUCCUGUCCCAGCUGACAGUGCUGGAGGCCCAGGUUCUCCACGACAUGCCACAGGAGUCCUUCCACUCCAUGCAGGACGACUGGAAAGUCGAGAUUCAGGACAUGUUUGACGAGCUCCGUGCCAAGGAGAAGGAGCUGCUGAGCCGCGAGGAAGAGCUCAAGCAGGCGGCCCUGAAGCAGAAGUCCCAGGAGGAGUUCCUUCGCCAGCGGGAGCACGAGCUGGCCCAGUGGGAGCUGGAGGUCUUCGAGCGGGAGCUGAGCCUUCUCAUCCAGCAGAUGAACCGGGAGCGGCCCCUCGUGAAGAAACGCAAGGGGACCUUCAAGCGGAACAAGCUCAAGGGCAGGGACAGCGAGCACAUCAGCAUGCCCCUCGAUUUUAAGCACCGUAUCACAGUGCAGGCAUCUCCCGGGCUGGACAAGAGGAAGGACUUUUACGAGGUGGGCGGAGGCGGCUCCCCCACCUUCACCCGACUCCGCGCUAUCCAACUAGAGCCAAGCGAGAACAACCAGAUUCGGGGUCGCCAGUCACCGCGGCGAGGAGACGAGGCCUGGAAUGGCCGAACGAAGAGCCCUGGGUCCCCCAAACCGUGGGAGAGCAGUAUGCAGAAUGGCCGGAGACGCUCGCGGCUGGAAGAGACAACGUGGUACAUGGAGCCAGAGGGGCCGCCCACCUCCCCCCAGCCUCAGCCCAGCCCAAACGGCAGUGUCCCCGUCGACGCCCCUGAAACGGCGGACCCGGCCCCAGAACGCCCCAGCGCCCCCCGGCUCAUCCAGCGGGCCCUGCUCCGGGGCACGGCUCUGCUCGCCUCCCUCGGCCUGGGCCGGGAGCUGCCGUCCGCCUCACAGGCGCCCCCACCGAGUUCCCCUCCGCCGGAGGCCCCCCCGGCCCUGCAGGUGGAGCUCUGCAAGGAGGACCCCCCCACAGACCUGCUGGUGGAUCUGGCCGCUGGGGCCGAUCGGGACACCCUGCCUCCUUUGUGGGUCCAGAUGUCCCCCAAGAUCCCAAGACUCGUGGAAGGACGUGGCCACAAGGCCCAGAAGUGGGAUGGGGCGCUGCCGUCCCCCUCCUCCCCGCGCAGCCCCCGGUCGCCUCGGCCCUGCAGCCUCAUCUCCCGCCCACGGCCGUCGCCCGUGCGCUCCCGCAUCGACCCCUGGAGCUUCGUGUCCUCCCGGGCGCACCCCUCGCCCGUGCAGUCCCCCCGCCUGGGGCCACGCCAGCUCAAGCCGCCGGCCCCCGAGGGCCCCCACCCUUCUGCGGGGCCCGACCCCGACCCGUUUGCCUGCGGGGACUUCUCAGCCCUGAAGGAACUGCCGACUCCUGCCACGCCGGACCGGUUUGCUGCGGCCUCCCGGCCGGGCGCUCCAAAUCCACUCAGCCGCUCGCCCUCGCCGUGUUGGACCGCCAGAGCGUUCCCCCCCCAAAGAGGAGCCGCCCGCCCAGCCCUGGUGGUCGGCGCCUGCGUCCCCGCAAGGAAGGGCGGCCCCCAAGUGACGGGGACGGCUUUGUUCGGGAACCCUGGAACUCGAACCUCGUGCGAAGCCCGCGGCUGCAGCGAGGGUGAAGACGGGAAACGCGGACGGUGGCAAACGGGGAAGUGCCGGAGUUUCUAGAUUCGAAGUCCUGGAGCGCAGGCCCAGGUCCCAUCCCCGGGUCUCCGCGCUCAAAUCCCCGGAGUGCCGCCGCUGCGAUUCGGUGCCGACAGGACUGGGCCGAGGCCCGAGUCGGUCUGAGGGGUUCCGAGGCAUUUCUCCCCUUCCCCAGCAGCGCUGCAACGUGUUUCUGCAGUCCCUCGGGUUCCUGCAGGGAUGUGAAGCGAUUCUACGACGUGCUUUGUCCUGGGGAAGCAGUGAAGGGGCUCCGCCUCAGGCAGGGUGGAGAAGUGGGGAGUCGCAGCUCAUGCUGGCGUUCUCACGAACACUAACUGGUCAGACCUGGGGCAAGUCUCCUUUCUCUGUAUGUCCCCCCAUCUUUGUAGAGGCAGGCUGUGUGGGGGGGGGCGGGGAGAGAUCCGAAGUGGCAGCUAUCUUUAUUCAUACCCAGGCCGCAUUUGCUUCCUGGCUCUGUUCACCCCCUGGCUUCCCUCACCUCCUGGUUCCACUUGCGUCCAGGUUUCUUUUGUGUCCGGGCUCCCUCUGCCAACUCCACUCAUCUUGACUGUGCCUUAGCUAUUCCCCCUUGCAUGCGGGGUUGGUGGGCCAGCCGGCCAGGACCACAUGCCCCCUCCCUUCACACCACCUCCCAUCUCCUCACAUCCCAGGAUCAAGCUCGGCUGCAGCAAAAGUUGCAGCCCUUUGACCAGAAGGAAAAACUGCCAAGGCCAGCUUUGCUGGGCUUACAACAGAGCAGAAACGAGAUGUUCUGAGCUACAACUCCCACAGUGGCCGGGGAUGCUGGGAGCUGUCCGAUACACCUGGAGGACACCGGAGCAGGGAGGGCGCGAGCAGAGCCGACAGAAGCUUCCCACCUGUGUUCUUGAGCAAACCACAUUGCGGAAGAGGGUGUCCGGUGAGAUGAGAGAGGUGGGGAACAGGCAGGCCAUCCUGCAUGCUGCUUUGCGGGGGGGGGGGGGGGGGGU